UUCAAAAAUAAUUCUUUUUUGUGUUAAAAUGAAAUUAUUUAUAAUAGCACUUUAUUGUUAUUUAAUACAAUUCAUAAUGAAACUAUAAACACGCGUGAAUUUAAUAAUAAAAUCUAUAAAUAUUUAGGAACAAAAUGGUACUUAUGUGUUGUAGAUAUUUAGCCAUCUGCCUAGACCAUGAAAUUGAGAAGCCAAAACUAUCAAGGAAACGUUAACAAAUAAGGAAAAGUACCCAAAUCAUUAAUUGUAAUGAAAACAUAAUAUAUGAAUAGAAAAAAGAAGAAAACCUUCCUGUUGGACCAAUUCUUUUGGGCGUAUUCCUAUUUGUAGUGGUUGGAUCAGGUAUAUUAAGAAAUUAAGAUUUAUAGCUUUAUUCUAAAUACUUAAUGUAGCCUCAAGUGGAUAAGAAAUUUGAUAUAUAUAAAAUGCUU